UCAUAAAUCCAAGUCAAAUUUUAUUUCGCUUAUUAUAAAUUGUUAAGACGAAGUAAACGCUAAAACACAGUCGUUUAACACUUCAUUCACCGUCUCAGAUCACCAACUCCGACGAAUCUCAGUUACCGGAAUUCACCAUUCAGAAAAUGGCUUUAGGAGGAGGAGCUCCCCAAAGAGGAAGUGCUGCAGCUACUGCAAGCAUGAGGAGAAGGAAAACAGCAGGUGGUGGGGCAUCUGGAGGAGCAGCUGGUACUAUGCUUCAAUUUUACACUGAUGAUGCUCCCGGACUCAAAAUCUCUCCUAAUGUUGUUCUUGUAAUGAGCAUUGGAUUUAUAGCUUUUGUUGCUGUUCUUCAUGUGAUGGGAAAGCUGUAUUUCAGGGAGGCUUAAGGGAUAUAAGGCAAGAACUUGGGUUCAGUUUUAGGCUUUUAAUAUACUGUUUCAUUUCUGUGUUGCUAGAGCCACCUAUCCCUUUAAUAUUGGAUUUCUUUGUAAUAUUGGUACAAUCUUUUAUUUUUUUCAAGUUUAACAAGGGUUUAUAUUAGCUUUGUUUA